AUGGAUGUCAAGAUCCGUGAGUUCUUAGACUCGGUUGGUUCUUUCUUUACCGGCGGCGAUCACAUUCCGUGGAGCGACCGCGACAUCAUCGCUGGUUGUGAGAGAGAGGUCACAGAGAGUGGAACUACGGAGACCAAGAAUGAGGGUCUUAUGAGGUUGUCCUGGGCUCUUGUCCAUUCCAGGCACUCGGAAGAUGUGAAUCGUGGCACGAUUCACCUGGAAGCACGCUUGGGAGGGUCCUCGAGUCCACUGCAAACCAGGGAGAAACUUUAUUUGUUGUCUGUUGGAUUUUACAGAAACGGAGACUACUCAAGAAGUCGUCAUCUCUUGGAACAAUGUUUAAAGAUUGCCCCGGAUUGGAGACAGCCCCAAACUCGGAAGAAGGUGGUGGAAGAUCAAAUUGCUAAAGUGAAAAUAUCCUACUUCUAA